AUGGAGCUUGGUUUGAGCUUAGGAGACACUUCAAGGUUAAAGGAAAAGCCUUGUGAAGGUUCCAACCAACUGGGGUUAGGCUUCAACACCACCUUAUCAAUUGGGCCAGUUAUUACCAAACAAAUAGAUCAACACCAACAAGAAGAAGAAUCACCAAACCAAAACCACAAGAGUCACACUCACAGCGCUACAGAACAAGACCAUGAAGAAACUAGAGACGAAUCCCUUAACCUUACUAGUACUUUUCCCAAAGACCUUGAUAACACAGUUUUUCAGCUUGAUCUUCUUCCUCAUACUACACCUGCUGUGGCUCCUAUGAACCCACCUUCCAACAUCUUUUCGUGGGAUCAUCUUUCAGAAGAUGGUAAGAACCACUCUUGA